AUGAGAAUAAAGGAGGAUAGUAGGAUGCAAGUAGAGAAAAGUAGUAUAGAAGUGAGUGGUAAGAUUGAGGUUGCCAUGAGAUAUGCCAUGGUGACGAGUCAGUUAGGCGAUACCCCUCGAGACAUAGAUUUAAAUCCUUUGCUCGAUAAGGGAGAUAAGGAAAAUCAAAAUUCUAACAAUCUGGAAGUGACGAAACUCGAAAAGAACGACGAUGACUUUGUCGAGUUAGACGAGGAAACAUUAGAAAUUCUCGGCGAAGGGCUUGUUAGCAACGAGGAGGAAUUUGCAUUCCAUCCAAUGGCGGAGGCGUGGAAGAAGGUCCUCGCUGAGGGUAUCGACAAAGAGAGCAAAAUCAAGCUCUUCAAAGCGUACCCACGGAAAGGCAACUGUCCUAUCGGCACACCGAAAUUAAACUCAGAGGUGGAGGCUAUCGUGAAUGAUACAACAAAGAAACGAGACAAAUAUCUAGCAACCGACCAAGACCUUUGUGGCGCUAGUCUGUCGUCGUUGGGAAAAGCGAUCAACAUGAUCCUAAAUGAUAAGAAAGCAGAAAUCGACAGGAAAGAGCUGCUAAUAUCCCUGAUAGACUCAGGCAGGCUUAUGUGCGAGCUAUUCAAACUGCUCACCAAAGCAAGAAAGGCUUUUAUCUACCCCGGACUCGACAAAAAAGCCAAAGCACUUCUCGAGAAAGCGGAGACGGAUGAGUUUCUGUUUGGCGCAACGUUGUCUCAGAGAGUAAAAACAGCCAAGUCAAUGGAGAAGGUAGGCCUGUCUUUAAAGACGCAAACAGCGGAGAAAAAGCCGCCCUUCAAACCUCGUGCGGGGUUAAAUUGGAGGGGCCCGCCUGCGAAGCCCUUCAACCAGUCACAGGCGGGCUACAAUCGCAAGACACCUCAGAGGACGUACCAGCAGAACAGAGGCUACGAGAAACAUCAAUUAAGAGUAGCCAGAAAUACUUCUUUAAAUCCUAAAGACGAACCUCAUUUACAACAGGUAAUAGAUAAUUUGCUCAAAAUAGGAGCAAUUCAAAAGUGCGUUCCAUCCGAAUCUCAGAUUUUGUCUUCGUAUUUUUUGGUUCAGAAAUCAAAUGGCAAAUUUAGAUUUGUAUUAAAUUUAAAAGACUUAAAUAAGUUUAUCAAAACGGAUCACUUUAAAAUAGAGGACAUUCGUACGGUAUUAAAAUUAGUAACAAAGGGGUGUUUCAUGGCUACCCUGGACCUCCAGGAUGCGUAUUUCCUUAUUCCAAUAGAUGAGAAUAGCCGAAAAUAUCUACGUUUCAUAUGGAAGGAUCAGGUGCUCGAAUUUGUGUGUCUUCCCUUCGGCCUAAAUACGGCUCCGUGGCUGUAUACGAAAAUCAUGAAACCAGUAACAGUCCUUUUGAGAGAAAAGGGACUGAAGUCAGUAGUGUAUUUAGAUGAUUGGUGGUGUCGGGGAAGAAAUGUCAUAGAAUGCUUAAAAAAUAUUGAGACAACGCAGCAGGUCCUUAAGUCCUUGGGUUUUUUGAUUAACGAAAGCAAAAGUAACUUAAUUCCGAGCACUAGAUGCCAAUUUCUUGGCUUUAUUGUAGACUCUGAUCGCAUGACUCUCGAGCUUCCAGAGAAGAAAAAGCAGUCGAUUUUAUCAUUAAUCAAAAAAUUCAAAUCUUUACAGUCUUGCACCAUUCGGGAAUUUGCUCAAUUUGUAGGCAACAUCACGGCAGCCUGUCCGGCUGUUCAGUAUGGCUGGAUUUAUUCCAAGGAAUUCGAACGUCAGAAGUAUUUAGCGCUAUUGGAAAGCGAAGGAAAUUACGAUGCAAAAAUGAGUUUGUCCGCAAUACUGAAUCCGGACUUUGAUUGGUGGGAGUCACGCAUCUCCGAUGCUUUCAACCCAAUCAGACAACAGGAAUAUGCUCUAGAAAUAUUUUCAGAUGCGUCAUUAACUGGCUGGGGCGCUGCAUGCAAUGGCGAAACUACGUAUGGAGCUUGGGAUGAGUUAGAGCGAAAAAAACAUAUUAACUACUUAGAACUGGUAGCAGCCUUCUACGCGUUACAAUGCUUUGCAGCGAGCAGAUACGAUUGCGAAAUAUUGCUAAGAAUUGAUAAUACUACAGCGGUAGCGUACAUCAAUCGAAUGGGAGGGAUCCAGUAUCCACACCUCAACGGUAUAACCAGAAAAAUCUGGCAAUGGUGCGAACAACGCAGCCUAUGGAUCACAGCAUCAUACAUAUCAUCGAAAGAGAAUGCUGAGGCUGAUCAAGGAUCCAGAACUAUUAAUAUCGAUACGGAGUGGGAGUUGGCGCAUUGGGCCUUCCAAGCCGUAGUACGUAGAUUUGGUGUACCAGAAAUCGAUUUUUUCGCAACGAGAAACAACAAAAAAUGCGAAAAAUUUUGUUCAUGGCAUUGGGAUCCCGAGGCUGUCUGUGUGGAUGCCUUCACGAUCAAGUGGACGAAGCUUAAAUUCUAUGCAUUUCCCCCGUUCGCGUUAAUACUAAGAAUAAUAAGAAAGAUACAGAUAGACCAAGCUCAGGGUGAAAAUCCACCAUCCGUUAGCGGGAAAAAUGACGUUAGUGGCCGGGAUAUUGUUCGGCAAAACUUCCAAAGGCUAGGCAUUAACGAAGAUGCAAUAGAGUUACUCUUAAACUCGAUAACUCAUUCAACUUUAAAACAAUAUUCGAAACAUUUAGAAGAUUGGGCUAAGUUUAGCGUAUUAAGAAAUUUUGAUAUGUUUGCUCCACAAAUCAGUCAAAUAGUUGAGUGGCUGACCGUAAUAUACAAGACGGGCGCGUCUUAUGGAACUCUGAACACAGGGAGGUCGGCAUUGUCGUUGAUCUGUGGCGAUAGAGUAGGGAAAAAUCCCAUAAUUUCGAGAUUUUUGAAAGGCGUGUUUAAUAAAAAGCCAACGAAGGCUAAAUAUGAAAGAAUUUACGAUCUAGAGCCCGUACUGAAGGAAUUAGAGAAACUGUAUCCGUUAGAAGACCUUAGUUUGCAGGAUCUUACAGAUAAGUUAGUUGUUCUUCUGGCAAUAGUGACAGCACACAGAAAGCAGACUUUAUCGCUUAUAAAGAUUAGUAAUAUUCGAGAAAUAAGCAAUGGAUACGAAAUAGAGAUUCCAGACAGAAUAAAGACAACGCGGCCAGGGUCCUGUCAACCAUUGCUGACUUUACCGACAUUCAGAGCGAAUCCAAAACUUUGCGUAGCCACUACUCUCGAGAGAUAUUUAGCCGUUACUAAAAAUCUCAGAGAAUCGAUCGAUUCGUUGUUCAUCACGACCAGGAAGCCGUUCAAAGCAGCGGCAAAAGAUACAAUUAGUAGAUGGAUUCGUGCCUUUUUGGGUAAAUGCGGCAUCGGCGAGUCUUAUGGCCCGCACAGUAUUCGACACGCAGCCACGUCCGCUGCUUUCAAAAAAGGGGUCAAUAUAGCAGUCAUAAAGAGACUAGCAGGAUGGUCGGAAAAGUCAACAGAAUUUGAUAGAUUUUACAAUCGUCCUAUUGUCAAAGAGAACAGUACUUUCGCAGAAGCAAUACUAGCUUAA